ACUGCAUUGACAGUCAACAUUCACACACCUCUUUGCUCCGCAACGUGAUUUUCUGUUGAAAGCUGUUCGCCCGUGGAGCCAAACAAGCCAAACUUUUAGAUAUCACCACCUGGUGCUUUAAAGCAGACCGACAAAGUUACUUCUACUCUCCUCUCCUCUCCUCUCUUCUCCACCUGCAUCAUGGGCACCAAAGGCCGUGAAGUCCCUCGUGUUGUGUGCUGUGCCAUUCCACUGGCCAGUACUUCCGGAAAGGUCCUCGUUAUAACCAGUCGCAAACGACAAGAUUUAUGGGUUUUGCCAAAAGGAGGUUGGGAGUCGUCGGAUGUCACUUUAGAGAGGGCAGCCUCGCGGGAAGCCUUAGAAGAAGCGGGCGUUCGAGGCAACAUAACUCGAUUUGUGACAACCAUCUACUCGCCCUCAACAACGUAUCACUUCUACGAACUUGAAGUCACGACUCUCGACAAGGAUUGGUUAGAAAGUCGGGAGCGGAAAAGAGAGUGGGUUGAUUAUGCCGAGGCGUUGAAACGGGUCGCAUGGAAGACCGAACUUGCACAAGGACUUACGCUUUCUACGUUGGCGCCACGACGGUAGUCGAGGUUGUCCUGCUGUGCAAACCAGCGUCACUUUCAACAGGUAACUACCGCCAAUGCGGUUCGUCAAGUUCAACCACAGCAACGGAUCUGGCCGUCGUACAGACCGCUAAUGGUUGCAAAUUACCAUGCUUAGAACGUCGCCGUCAUCUAUACGUUACUCAUCCACUU